AUGGGAGAAGCUUGGCAUUGCGAGGGCCAGUACCCGUGGGAGCGGGCGCGCUGGGUGUCCGGUAUCGAGGUUGUGAAGGUCAACAUUGCGUUGCGAAUCUACUCCGCCAAGUGGCACGUCUAUGCCGGUCUUGCGCUUCUCAACCCGGCUGCUCAGCGCCAAAUCCAGCAGUUCGCUCGUUCGUGCACGGAGCUGUUCAAGCUCAUGACGGGCGGUCAUCAGAAAGAGCUCAGCGAGCGUGUGUGGGCCGCCCGCGAAAAGGUCUUCGGCUGGAAGCGGGAUGAGGACGGGCACGAUGAAGAGCGCCGACCAAUUUUGCUUUCAGACGAGAUUCUUAACCAGUUCAGUCUCGGAACAAAGGACCCCAAUGCUCCUGAGGAGCCUAACUCUCAUCUCAGUCUGCUCGCCAUGGUGGACUGCUGGGCGAAGCUCGACAUCAACCCGCUCGAGCAUCUCGAGGUUGCCGGUACGCCCGUUUUCAUGCUCUGGAUCGGUGUCGCUGAGUACCUGUUCCGCUCUCGAGACCGCAUCGAGAAGGCGAUCAAUGCUGGAUUGAAUGACAAGGUCUUCCGUGCGGAUGACCUGGAGUUCACCGUCGCGGCCCGCCAAUGGGGCGAGUGUGUUUCCUUCGGCAACUUUGACCUCUACGAGCGUCGAUUUAUGGACACAGCCACGACACCUCCACCAGCUAUGCGUGACCUCUCUUCCUGCCAUACCUACCGGCUAAAGGGCAUCUCCCGCGACGGUUAUCCACAGAACCCACUCGAGGACAUCGUGCGGACCAGAGAUCGCGCGGAAGGAGGUGCCACACGCGGUGCUCAUCGCGCGGGGGCGGCAACUUAUGACCGCCUCGACAGGCGCGCUAGGAACUGA